AUGACAGAAGUGAGCCUUAGGCUCAGCGAGGAUGCAGUUGACCACAACGGUGUCGCCAGAAUGACGCAUAUAGCACCGGGGCCAGCCAACGACGACUCUACCAUUGCGCCCUGGCUAGACAUUCCACCAACGCCGCCGCCAAAAUCACCGCUUCGAUCGUUCAACUUUCCAAAGGUUUCGGUGUCAUCUAUCGCAACGACGCGAAACGGAAGCUACAGUAAUGGCUCAAGAUAUCCCCGGCACUCAGAGUCACAAAGCACACUCAGCAUACCGCCCGACAACAGGAGAUCGGUUGAAGGCGACGGCGAUUCCUCGCGACACAACUUUUAUAGCGGCUCGUCAUCCCACUCUAAUGAGAUCCGCAAGUCAAAGUCAUCGAUUGGGCUGAAUGUCCUUUCCAAACUGCGGGGCAGGCCGAGCAAGGCCAAUCUCGCCCUAUCUGACUCGAAGUCUACCGACGCUUCACAACAUCCAUCGCUACAGCCGCCAGAACCACCUCUGCCCUCCUCGUCUUUCAUGAAUCUUGCCUCAGCAAACAGUUCGUUUCUCUCACUGGGGAAAUCCGCGAAAGGCAAGGAGAAGAGGAAACAGUCGCGGCACCCACCCACACCGCCAGAGAAGGACGAACUGGAACACCAGCAUCUCAUGGACCUCGAUAUCCGCGACAUGUCCGGAAUCAUUGACCCAAGGGCACACUCUGCUCAAAGACAUGAGCCGAGUUCACCCUCACUGAGCAGCGGUCGCUCGGAUUACGGGGUGUUCUUGCGACAUCAGCCAGCAGGAUCCGACUAUAGACAGCUUCAGCCCUCCGACUUCAGUAACCCUUUUGUAAAGUCAUCCUCGCACUCUGGACGUCGAGCAAACGAUAGAAGGAUAUCGCCAACGACCGUCAUCUCGCCGAACGGGACUCUGUACCGACACCAUGCGACCAAUUCAAUAAUUUCGACAGGGGCGGAAGGUAGUCCGACAUGGGUUCCUCCAGAAAGUUGGGCAGUGGAGAAUUAUGAUGAAGACGCUAUGGAAGCCGCCGCCUAUUCCAGUUCUGACGAGAGCGUACACGGUAGCCACAGUGUCGACAGACCCACGCCACUUACGGAACGGCCGACCCUUCCGCCCCCAGUCGCAGACCCAUCGACGCCCAAAGCGAUGAGACGGAAGCGGCCAAGAUCAUCUCAUUCCGACAAACUGAUUUACAGGAUGAAGAUCUUCCACUCAAACGGCAGUUGGCGUCACGUCGCCAUUUCACUCGAUUGUACCGUGGCGCAACUCAACAAAGAACUGUUUGCGAAGGCAAAGUGGGACAGCGACAGAAAGGACCGGUUGUAUCUGUCAGAAGGAGGGCGAGAACGGUUACUUGGCCCAACUGAACGUCCCGCAAAAAUCGUGAAGCGAAGACUAACCCUUGCCGGCUACCUCCCAAUCGAUGGUUUGGAUACAUUGGGACUCGAAGACCUACCCUUCUUGUUCAGAUUUUCUUAUAAAAGCCAGCUCUUAGGUCCUCCGGAGGAAGACCUUAACUUCGAAUCCUUUGAUUUCAUUGACCUCACUGGUCGAAGUUUGCGAACCAUUCCUGUAUUGCUGCACCAAAACGCCGAUUCUAUUGUCUCCCUCAAGUUGUCACGCAAUCCCAUGCUCGAAAUCCCGCUCGACUUCAUUCAAUCGUGCUCUCUUCUUCGCGACCUGCGGCUUUCUAAUAUGGCAAUGAAGAAGGUUCCUCAGAGUGUCCAAUAUUCUUCCACCCUUCAUCGACUCGAUUUAUCCUCAAACCGCAUUGCGGACCUUACCGACGCAUACCUCGAUCACAUACCCAACCUCCUGGAACUCAAUGUCAUGAACAACAAGCUCGAAAAGCUCCCAUGGCAUUUUGGGCGCCUGCGAUGCUUGGUGACUCUCAAUAUCUCCAACAAUAGGUUCACGGAGUUUCCCAAGGAGGUGUUUCAAAUGAAGAACCUUCGCACCUUGGACGUCUCAUUCAACACGAUCAAGGUCAUCCCUGAAGAGCUCGGGCAACUGGCGGAGCUUGAACACUUCCUUCUUGUUGGAAAUCAGAUUUCCAAAUUCCCCGACCAAGCCAGAGAGCUCCACAAUCUCUCGAUGUUGGAUUGCAGGCGGAACUCGGUUUCUGACCUGACUAUUGUCUUGAUGUUGCCCAAAAUCCAACAGGUUUACGCCGACCACAAUGCCAUAUCCUCCCUCGACCUUUCCAUCGGGCCCAACAUGAAAGGUUUGGAUGUUUCGCACAACGACAUCACCCAGCUCUCCCUCAUUCCCGGACCGGUCGGCCGUUCUCCAUAUUCGCUCACUUCCCUCGACCUCUCAUAUACCAAGCUGUCAUCCCUAGACGACCUCGCACUCGGCACCCUUACCUCCCUCAAAACCUUGAAGCUCGACCACAAUACUAUUCGUUCCAUUCCCGACACCCUCGGGGAACUGAGCUGGCUCGAAACCCUCACUGUUUCCGAUAAUCGGUUGGACAGUCUCCCAGAUUCGAUUGGGCGUCUUCAAAAGCUGGAGACCCUCGACGCUCAUAACAACAGCUUAAGCGAGCUUCCCCAAUCGUUAUGGAACUGCGCGAGCUUGACAAGGAUCAACGUUACUUCGAAUUUCCUCGGUUCAUGGCACGAUCCACCGGUUUCGAGCGACGUCGGUAUCGACGAUGCUUCCAGCCUGUAUUUGGCGAGAAAGGGUUCAACCGCUUCCACCACCUCGACCAGUGGACUUCCACCACUCGUUCAUUCGUUGGAGAGGCUGUACCUUGGAGAAAACCGAUUGACAGAAGAAUCGAUACACCCGCUAAUGAUUUUCAAGGAACUUCGCGUCCUCAACCUUUCCUUCAACGAACUCCAGGAGCUACCCCCAAUAUUCUUCCGUAACAUGACGCAACUAGAAGAGCUGUAUCUCAGCGGGAACAAACUGACAAGCAUACCGACUGAAGACCUGCACAGAAUGACUCGCCUUUCGACACUGUUCCUGAACGGAAAUCGUUUGCAGACUCUCCCUCAGGAGCUCGGGAAGCUCAAAGACCUCAGUAUCUUGGACGUCGGCAGCAACAUGUUGAAAUACAAUAUCAACAACUGGGAGUUCGAUUGGAACUGGAACUUCAACAAGAAGCUCAAGUAUCUCAACCUGUCGGGGAACAACCGCCUCCAAAUCAAAUCCGAGUCGAGCCGAAAUUCAGCCAGCCACAACCGCACCAGCCGACUGGAUUUUGCUUCUCUCGGACGUCAGACGCUUGCGGGAUUCAAAGAACUCGCCUCGCUUCGUGUUCUGGGUUUGAUGGAUGUCACUAUUGCGACCACUGGCACGGACGCCUCGGUUGACAUUCCAGAUGAAACGGAUAUACGUCGCGUGCGAACAUCACCGUCGACGGUGAAUGGUAUGGCGUACGGCAUAGCAGACUCGCUCGGGCGGAACGAUGUCCUUAAUAUGCUCGAUCUCGUCCGCGAGUUCCCAGCGAGUCCAGGUGAACCCAAACCCAACAAGGCCAUAUUUGCCAUGUUCGGACGCUGUCAACCCCCCAAAGGGCUUCUCCCCGGCACCAGCCCCAACAAACUCUCCAAGUUUCUUCACGACCAUUUCACCGAGGUUUUCAUUCGCCAGAUGAAUGAAUUGCCCGAGAAGAAAGGCGGGGUUUCAGACGCUCUCCGGCGGACGUUCCUCGAGCUGAAUCAGAAGCUUUGGGAACACAUCCACCAAUUGAAACGCAAGAACUCUCAAGCGACUCCCAUGCCAGCCCCGAACGGAACACUGGUGAAUUCCGGCUUCGACCCCGGACUCUUGAAUAUCGGAGCCACAUCUGUUGUCCUUUAUGUGGUCGACAAGAGGAUCUACGUGGCCAACGUCGGUGAUGCGGUCGCUGUCCUCUCGAGGGCAGGUGUCGCUCAUCGACUGUCCCACCGACACCACCCAUACGAUCGUGAAGAAACCGCACAUAUUCGAUCAGCAGAAGGCUGGGUCUCUCCCAAUGGUCUGAUCAAUGACCAGGUGGAAGUAUCCCGCUCUUUCGGACAUUUCAACCUCGUCCCUGUGGUUAGGGCCGCCCCAGACAUAUUCUCGCAGCCGCUCGGUGAUCGUGACGAGUUCAUUAUCAUCGCCAAUCGCGGCCUGUGGGAGUUUGUGCCGCACCAAACUGCAGUUGACAUCGCGAGGACUGUGGCCCACAUUGACCCUAUGAUCGCUGCCCAAAAGCUGCGCGAUUUCGCCAUCAGUUACGGUGCAGACGGCAGUACCAUGAUCAUGGUCAUCAUGGUCAGCGAUCUGUUCAAGGACCCCCGUUCACGGCAACCCACUCUCGACAACAUCGUCCUCCCGGCGAAAGUUCCUAAGCGCAAGAAGGAAGAACGCAUCCCAGGAAAUCGUCACCUCCCACCCGAAGUCGACGCUCCUACCGGCCAUAUCGCGAUCGCCUUUACCGACAUUCGGAAUUCGACGCACUUGUGGGAGGUCAAUCCCGGCAUGCCCACUGCCAUGCACCUACACAAUCACCUCCUUCGGUAUCACCUACGUCGAUGCGGCGGUUACGAGGUCAAAACGGAAGGAGACAGUUUCAUGGUUUCCUUCCCGACGGCGUUGGCAGCGGUGUGGUGGUGCGUUACCGUCCAGAAAGAGUUGCUGAACGUGUCAUGGCCGUUGGAAAUUCUGGAAUGCGAGGAUGGAAAGGAGAUCAGGGAUGAAGCGGGGAACAUCAUCGCGAGGGGUUUGUCUGUCAGGAUGGGUAUCCAUUGCGGUGUGCCUGUCUGCGAGACGGAUUGGAUCACCAACCGGAUGGACUACUUUGGAUCGAUGGUCAACCGAUCGGCUCGAGUCAACAGCCACGCACAAGGAGGGCAGAUCAUGGUUAGCGCCGACGUCCUGCGCGAGAUCAACGCGCGUAUCUAUGACAAGGUCGAGGAGCAGACGGAGUACAGCAGAAACCAGCCUCAAGACGCCAUCGACGGUAUUCGAGAGAUCGGGAUUUCGCUCAUUCCGGUUGGCGAGGUCAAGCUCAAAGGAUUCGAGUUUACGGAAAUGUUGACUGCCGUCUAUCCCAAGGGCUUGGAGCAUCGCCAUGGUAUGAAGGAUGCCAAUGUGUCUGGCGCGGCAUCGCGAAUCCAGUUCAGCGUACCGCAGACCAAAGAACUUGGUAUCCUUUGCUUGCGUUUGGAGGCGCUCUCUGGAGGCUACCUCUUCAAAACUCCACCACCUGCUCGCAAGGGCAGCAUUGCAUCGCAGACCGCAAGCUUGCUCCCUGGCGCUGGACCCCACCCUGGCUCUAGCAGCAACACCACUGAAGAAGCGACCUCGAACGAGGCUGAGGCUGAGCCACAAGGUCCGCCUGUGAUCGUUGCUGACCCUGAAACGCUGCUUCCACCCAUCAACGACCAAAUCUCUGACGCUGACCUGAUGCGGAUUAUCGACUGGUUUGCUAUGCGGAUCGAGAAUGCGGUCAAUAUGCUUGCGCAUCGAUAUUGCCCGCCGAACAUGGACAGGGUCAACUUCAUUAAUGCCUUGAUCGAGGGGGAGCAGCUGGAUGCACGGACGUUGGAGUAUAUCUCGGGUAUCCUGAAAAGGAUUUCAUAA